AACCUCCAACCUUUCACCCCAUGAUGUCAUUGGUAGUCAAGGAGACGGAGCGUUCUGUCACCAUGGAUAUGAAGUUUUGUUUGCUGAAUGUUCACAGAGGACCCGCAAGUUAUCUUAAAGGAAGGUACAAUGAGGACCAUUACUUCCUCUGGUGGGAAAGAAGAAAUUGUGACGGCGAGGCGAGCAGAAUCGUCGGAUGCUCCAGAGAUCAGUAAUCUGAUUCUGCCUUCCACCAAAGACGUGUUUGGCAGAUUAAACGUCAUUUACCUAUUGGAGAAGGCUAACCUUGCAGUGACACUGAACAGUGCAAACAAUGAAGUCAUAGCUCACGCUGCCUUCCUAGAUUAUCCCAAUCUGGAUCUUGUUGACCAGGCUUGCUGGGAACCUUGGUUACACAACAAUUACAACAUUGAUAAAUGUACACCACUGAACACACUUUUUAUGCACCUCUAUGUGGCACGGCCCGACUUCUGUAUUGGGAGUUCAAAAGAGAUUGUAAGAACAGUUUUCAAUGCUGUUACAGAGCUCCAUUAUAUAUUCCUCUUUGCUCCAGUUGGUUCCACUUUAGAGCCAGCACUUGCUGCAGUCUUCGAACCUGUGGAAACUCUGCAGACUUCAAACACUGAUUAUAUGGCAUUUGUGUGCCACCGACACAGACAUUGCCCAGUGUUACAUAUCCGCAGAGCCAGGGUAGAAGAUCAUGAUGAUCUUAUUCCUAUUUUUGCACAGCAGACUGACAAGCUUGGUAGCACCUAUGGAGAUUAUUUCCUUGCAGAGCUUAUAGAGGCCCAGGAUGAGGACAACCAUGCUGCAGUUUGUGAGAGUGAAGGCACAGCAGUGGGGUUUAUUAGUUUAAGUGGUGACAUCAAUGUUAAACUGCUGAAUGAGUGCUUUGAGUUAGGGCCAUACCAUGGACUUCAUAAACCCCACCCAGAUGAUAUUCUCGAUCAACCAUCUGAACCACGGUGGGAGUCAGAUGCAUUGAGGCAACCUAUUCAUAGGUCAGAAUCUGUGAUACCACAGGACACAAGCACCAACUGUCUGCAAGAUUCUGAUUUGAAGAUCGCGACUGAUACUAAACAAGCUGACGUUUUGGAUCUCAGCAGUGCAGACAGGGAUUCUAGAAGAGAGAGUGUGGUGUCUGAUGCCUCAGAGAGAGAAUCUACCAAACCCUGUGCUGUUCUGGCUCCAAGUAAUGAAAAGAUAAAUUCAGAUUACUCACCAACAGAGAAUAGAGAGAAAGUCAGAACCGUGGUCUACAAAGGAGCUCUGAAUGCUUUUUGUAUUCAGUUGUUUGUUAUAGACGAGAAAUACGAAAUGAGAUCUGUGGACUUUUUACCCUACAUUUUUAAACUUUAUCCUGACCGUGCUUUCUGCGUUAUAACAGUGCCCAAACUUGCUCCAGAGUUUCCUCUUCUCCAGAGCUUUGUCCGUGCUGUUCCCUAUCAUACCAGCACCUUGUCUCAGGAGCUUUACAUCUUCCAUCGCUCCGGCCUUCUCAAAAAGUUUUGUGUAAGACUUGCCAGAUCUAGUGACAAAACUGGGGUUGAGUCCCUGGUAAAUAAGCUCAGUCUGCAGGAUGCUGUUUUGGAGGAUCUAGAUAUGUAUUGUCAAGCCCGACGAGAUCCAGAUGGAACUCCAGUACAGGCAUUUGUGGCGGAAGUCCUGGAUCAGAUUGUGGGAAUACUAAUAAUAAGAAAUGAGGAGGACAUUGAUUUUAUCCGCUCUCACUACAAUAUCGAGAAUUUCAUCUACUUUAGUCAUCACACCAUGGAAGAACAUGGACAACUUCUUCACUUUGCCUUGAACCCCAUUUUUCAACAUUAUGCAAAACACUUCUUCAAAGAGGCCCUUCGGCUCUCCCACAAAUCUUCUCUCUACCACCGUGUGUACCCUUCACAUGAAGAUGUAAAGAAUGCCUAUGCCCAUUCUCUGACAUCUGCCCUUAAUUGCAUGGUUCCUGUGCGCCCAAGACGGCAGAUUGUCUAUCCGCUAGAUGAGCUUGGCAUCGAUGCUCCUUCCAGGCGAAUCUCCAAGGAUCAGGUGCCAUAUGCAUUGAACCACAUAAACAGAAAGCUAACAUUGGAGCCAAAAGUUACAAUAAAUGCCAGAAUUGUUGUUGUUGGAGCUUCUGAUACUGGGAUAUCCUUCCUGGAGGUGCUGGCCUACUGCCCACAUCUGCAGUUCAACAACAUCACUUUGAUCUCCACUCAUGGAUUGCCAGGUGGCUGUUCGGGUUAUUCUGAAAAUAAAACAUUUUUGGCUACCAGCUACUGCUACAGUGAUAAGGACUAUGCGCUGCUGUCACUGCGGUCCUGGAUCAACGUGGUGGUUGGAAAGAUGCAGGGAAUAGACAGAGCUGCCAAGCAUGUGCUGGUGUCUGAUGACAGGAAGGUCCCAUAUGACCAUCUCAUACUCUGCACAGGACAGCAGUACCAGGUACCUUGCCCCACUGGCAUUGAUAUUAGCCAACUGAGUACAAACAGAGACAUUGCCAUCAGGACAGGCGAGAGAUACACUGGACCAGUCCCUUCCAACCUUUUCACUCUGAAUGAUGACAGAGACUGCCUAAAGACUUACAACUGGCUUCAGCACAACUUUGUGCAUUCUGAGGGUAAUGCAGUAUUAUUUGGCAGUACAAUAGAUGUGUACACUACUUUAGAAACCAUGCUGUCCCUUGGAAUUAGUGCCUCACGUAUCCACUUGGUACAGCCACCUUUGGAUGACACAGUUAGCUGCUUUAACAACUUCGAAGUGGAGAGAGCUGUGGAAGAAGCAAUGAGGCGAGCUGGAGUGACGUUGCACCACAACUGUGUUCUUGCCCAGUGGAAUGAUGGAGAAGACACUGAGCCCAUAACAUCUGUUUCGUUUACCACUGACACAAAACCCUUCAAACUUCCAUGCUCAGUAUUUAUUAACUUUUACAAGAAACGAAUUGAUUAUGAUGCUUUUAAGGCCAUAAAUGAUGCUUUUCUGGUAUACGAUGGGAGACUUGUCAUUGAUACUACGUUCCACACAAGUGAUCCAACAAUCCGGGCUGCAGGUCCACUGACCAAAUUUGCACGACGUUACCAUGCAGACCAGUGGACUCACAGCAAUUUCAACUCCAAAGAAGUCGGAUUCCAGCUGGCUGCUGCCAUCCUCCCCUUCUUUGACCCGACACUGGAGUGGGUGGCAGAUCCCCCUGUAGAGUUCGACAGACUUAUCCCCAUGUUCAGAGGGGCGAAAGUCCAAGGUGGUAAACUUCCUGGAGGAUAUCAUUAUCUCCAUGCUUCAAAGCCAGGAAUUGGCACCCCUCUAGCAGCACAAAUGUCACAAUCGAAAUAUGGCAGAGAAAUUGUAACAGGAAGUUCAGAAAAUGGGAAUUAUUUUAGACUCCACCUGAACCAAUACAAUGAGGUUGAAACCAUUACUUGCCUUUCACUGAAACCUUUCCCGGCUUCAAAUUAUCUGUGCUUAUAUGGAGAGAAUGAGCAACUGCUGAAUGGUCUCUGUGAUCGAUUUGAUGAAGGACUCAUUUCUGACUUUUACAGCUAUUUUAAGGAGUCGUGGUGUCUGGCCAUAUACCACGAUCGUUUUAUGGAUUUUAAGCAAGAAGUGCUGCAGAUCAUGGCAUCAAGACAGAAUCCAGAUUCUCCCUCAUUUGCAGAAAUAGCUCAACAGAUAGUGGAUGAAGAAUUGAGUCUUCCAGAGGAGCCCAAACAGUAUCUCAGAAGAACAGCUGAAGAAUGCAAUAUCAGAAAGCCUGUGGAGAGAAGCACUCUGAGUUACCUCAAAUACAACAGAUGCCAUCUACCCAUGUAUGCUCUACCAGGGCUUAUAUAGGCUUAGAUAUUCUUCAUUCUUUCAUUUUUGAAUAUGUACAGAAAUGUUUUCGUCGAUAUAUUUUCCUGCCUAUGAAAAACAACAUUGUAUGUCAAUUUCCAAAGGGACUUUUUAAGAUGAAAAGAAUACACUUAACAGAAGUAAUUUAAAAUUAAAUUAAAAAGUAAGACUAGUUUAGUUUCCAUUCACGAAAUAUCAAAGUAUCCCAUAUUAUAUUCAAAAUGCAACUAAGCUGAUUUCUUACUGUUAUUAUUUUGAUGAUCAAUUCAGUGUUCAAUCUCAAAUCUCAUUUAAUAAACACUGAAUGUUUACUUGAAAACUGAUCCUUCGCAUUCUCUCUCUAGGCAUCGAUGUACGGUAGAAAUGUUCUGUGUUUCGGGUGGAAUUACUUAACUUCUCCUGUAGAUGGUGCAAGAAAGUAGACCUGGGCUGUUUUAAAACUACAUACUGUAUGCAACGCGAGUGCAGACACAAACUUUUAGAAAUCAAAUUUGAUCUAAAGGUUUGAUAGAUUGCAUUGGUUAAGACAAAGUCUGGUAGACGUUUGUGUAUGAUCUGUGAGGGACAGCCUACCGAGUUUGUAUCACUGAUUUACACGGACUUCAUGCUGUUUGAAGGUGGAGUAAAACGUUA